AUGGCAGAUGGUACCUAUAGGUUCCAGCAACCUGGGGCCGGCCAGUUUUAUUUUCAACCUCAAGCUCCUCCAUCACACUCGCAUCGACACCCUAUUCCAAACGGGACCAAUUCACCGGGUCGACUCAAUCUAAACCACGAAACCCCAUCACCUUCGAGCACCCCACCUGUCAACCAACCAGGUGGACUGAAUCAUUACAACAUGUACCAGGGCCACCAGGGACAGCAUGUCAUGAUGGCCGGAGGGCAGCCGCACCAGCGGUUUGGUAUUCCCAUGCCCAAGUAUCAGUCGCAAUCCCACCACCCUCUUCAUGCUCAACAGCAAUCUCAACAUCAUGCCCACCACACCCAGACGACACACAACCUCCCUCAGCAGCACUUCUCCGCCAGUGCACUUUCAACCGCAACUCCUCACUUCACCCCAAAUCAUAUGCAGAAUGGUGAUGGGCCAGCAGCGGUAGAUGAAGAUCUAGGUGACCCGAUGAAUGAACACCGGCAGCGUCAACUUCAAAUUGCCCAAGAGUCCAGACAAGCUCAUUCCCCUCACUACCAUGCUCGCAUCGUGGCGCAGCAGUCCAAGGGAAUGAUGCACGGAGAAAAUAAUGACACUGGAUCGGACGGCCAGGGUUGGACCGCACUCGACUUUGGUGGACAGGGGUUGCGUGCCAUGUCACCUUCGCUGUUUAACUACAUAUUCCUAAAGGAGCUCUAUUUGAACCACAACAAGUUGAAAGUUCUUCCCUCUUCAAUCGGUGAACUUCGAUUGUUGACUCACCUGGAAUUAUCUGGAAACGAAUUGACGGAGCUUCCCGAAGAGAUCGGGAUGUUGUCGAAACUACAGGAGCUCCGAAUUUGUGACAAUAAUAUUCGCAAUCUUCCAUACGAAAUGGGCUACCUCUACCGACUGGAGAUCUUGGGUAUCGAAGGAAAUCCCCUAAACGACGUUCUUAAAUCGAAGAUCAUGAAAAGUGGCACGCGUGAGCUGAUCAAACAUCUUAAAGAAGAAAUGCCAGUUCACCUGCCUCCUCCUGAUCGCGAUUGGAUUAUCCUCGAUGACACGACCAGCUCUAACAGUAGCACCACCGAAAAGAUCACCGUAAUCUCAUACAACACAUUGUGUGAUUCUUCUGCCACCCAAUCGCACUAUGGCUACGCACCCUCGCGUAUUCUCUCCUGGGAGUUCCGUCGAGAACUCAUUCUCAACGAAUUACGAGCUCACAAUUCGGACAUUGUCUGUCUCCAGGAAGUGGACGGAGGAAGUUACAACCACUUCUUCCGAGAGCAACUAGCUUACAACGACUACAAGGGUGUCUAUUUCCCCCGAGGCCGCGCGCACGGCAUGUCAGAUGACGAGGCAAAGACCAUUGACGGAUGCGCCGUUUUUUUCAAGGGCAGCAAGUUUAUCCUGUUGGACAAGCAAGUCAUCCAGUUUGGCCAGGUUGCGGUCCGUCGGGUCGACGCGAAGGGUCAAGAUGAUAUUUUCAACAGACUGUGGCAGAAGGAUCACAUCUGUGUUGUUCUUUUCUUGGAGAACCGCCAGACUGGAGCUCGUUUCAUCGUGGCGAAUGCUCACCUGUACUGGGACCCGAAAUUUAAGGAUGUGAAGUUACUGCAGACCGCCAUCAUGAUGGAAGAACUCACACGAAUCUCCGACGACUACGCCAAAAUCCCUGCUUGCAAUGACAAAGUCGCUUUCCGUUUCUCUGAAGCUGAGAGUGAUGCCGAAGCCACACCUGUAGUGGAACCAGCUCCUUCUAAAGUGUACUCCAGCGGAAGUCAAAUCCCGAUGAUUUUGUGUGGAGACUUCAAUUCACACCCUCAGUCAGCAGCGUACAAGUUGAUUGCGAAUGGAGGUCUGAUCAAAUCGCACCCAGACCUUGACAACCGUAUGUAUGGCAAUCUCAGCGAAGUGGGUAUGAGUCAUCCCUUUAAGCUGAAGUCGGCAUAUGGCUCUAUUGGAGAGCUGAGCUUCACCAAUUACACCCCUGAUUUCAAGGAUAUCCUUGAUUACAUUUGGUACUCAUCAAACACACUCCAUGUUUCGGCUCUGCUUGGUGAAGUUGACAAAGAGUAUCUGCGCCGAGUGCCUGGGUUCCCUAACGUCCACUUCCCAAGCGAUCACAUCGCUUUGUUUGCGGAGUUCACAGUCCGAGGCCAAAAGGGAAAGGUGGUAGAAGCGGAUUUUGGACCUCAACGACACUGA